AUGUCGACGCCUGUUACACUAAAGCAGAUGGAGAUUGCUCGAGAAAAAGCUGCAAGACGAAAUCGACAAGCUGAUUCCAGAUUGCAUCCUCUUUCGCACUCUUAUCCAUUUCGAUCUUAUGAUUACCGAAUUCGGCCUUAUAAGGCAAUAGAUUUUACUGUGGAUAAAGCUGGUGGACGUCAAUAUACAAGUUUUGAAGGAAAUCGAAAGGAAAAUGAAAAUCGCAUACCGUUGAAACCGUUGACACCACCUCCAGUUGAAGAUGUGCCUAUUGAUGUAGAUACCGAUGAUUAUAAAGUUGAUCCAAAUAACAUUAUUUGUUUUGCUGGUCGCCAACAUUAUUUAUCCAAUUUAUUUCCUAUUCCAAUCACUGUCGAAGGCCAUGAAUAUCCUAGUGUGGAGCAUUAUUAUCAAGCAUGCAAACUGUAUACUUUGGGCGGGGCUCGCUUGGCUUCUGAAAUUCGAUAUAUUGUUGAUCCAGGGCAAGUAAAAUCUGUUGCAAAAAGACUUCUGCGAUCUGUAAAUGUGUCAAAUGAAAAGAUUAAUGAAUGGAAGCGGACUCAUGGUCCUAUGCUUCUUCUUCAUGCAAUCGCAUAUAAAUUUGUACAAAAUUCGGAUUUGAGAGCAAAGCUUUUAGAAACGAAAGAUGCGAUACUUGCUCACACUUAUGAAAGAGACAAUCUUUUUGCAACAGGCUGUGAUCGAGAAGCAUUAUUGGAAUGGGCUAGCAGCAACAGUGGUCAAAUUAUAAAAAUUCCAACAAAGCUUGACUUGUCCAAUGUUAUAUAUGUUCCACUAAUUGGCCGAGGAAAAAAUUUACUGGGAUUUAUCAACAUGAAGGUACGUGAACAAUUGCGUAAUUUUCAAGCAACCCAUUCAUCAAGCUCAGUUGAUCCAAUUAUGAGUAUUGCUAUGCGUACUUUGCGUUUGGAUAGUCCAGGAACAGAAGACGAAAAAUAA